UGUCGCUUGUCUGUGCGCUGCUCUUUGCUGCAUUUGCAUCGACAUUUGCCCUGGAAGACGAAAACGCUUUGAAAUCCGAAUGGGAAGCCUACAAGAAGUCUUACAACAAAAGUUAUUCAUCGGACAAUGAAGACCGUCAAAGGUACCAGAUAUUCCUGGAAACCAGAGAGUAUGUCAAUGAACACAACAAGCAAUACGAAAACGGCGCUUCAUCAUACAGCCUCAAAGUGAAUGCAUUCGCAGAUAUGACUCCUGAGGAGCGUGUUAAACUGGCAUCUUGCGUCAGGAUUGACGACGGGACACAGGGAUCACCGUAUGUGCCACCUGACGAUAUUGAUGUAGCGUCCCUUCCUAAAAGCGUGGACUGGAGGAAGAACGGCUACGUAACACCAGUUAGAGCGCAAGGCGUCAAAUGCGGCUCGUGCUAUGCCUUUGCUUCUAUGGCAGCGCUUGAAAGUUACCAUAUUAAGAAGACUGGCAAGGUGGUAAUCUUAAGCCCACAGAACAUUGUUGAUUGCACGAUAAGAAUGGGAAACCAUGGUUGUCAUAACGGCAGCGUCACGACCGCCUUCAAGUAUGUCAUCAAAAACAAAGGGGUUGAUACAGAAAAAAGCUACCCUUAUGCUGAGAAAAAAUCAAACCGACCACCUCCCGUAGCCGUGUCGGACGGUCAAACCACUAUAGGCCACGGCCAGAACAACGUCACUGACGGCAUCCAUUAUGCCUACGUUGUCACAGAGCCGAGCACAUUCGUUGACACUGCCCCAAGCCACGAUUCGAAGAUUGUCACCGGUUCGGACACUCUGCACAAGAUUGUCUAG